AUGUUUGGAAUUCCAAGCUUUGGUCCUAGUGGAUACUGGUGUUACACUAAUCAAUAUAAUCCAACAAUUCCUAUAAUAAUCAUUGUCCUAAAUUUCUUGAUAAUAUUAACUACGCUUUUUUGUUAUAUUGCAACCUUGAGAGAAGUAAAUUUUCAACAAAAACUUGUCAAAAAUCUUAAUUCUGGUGGUUCGAGACUCAGUCGAAUAGAACUUGUUGUUGCAAGAAAAAUCACUGGUUACAUUUUGAUGUUCAUUUUACAAUGGACUCCUACAAUGUUUUAUGUCGUAGGGCAAAUUUUUGAUUUUAAUACAAUUUGGAUGUAUACUUUAACUGAAGUGUUUGGUAAUUCUGGAGGAAUAGGAAAUAUGAUAUUAUUUCUUAUAAAUGAAAAGUGGAAAGAUAACUUCAAUUCAUCAGCAGAAAUGUCAAAUUCCAAUUCAAAAAAUAUUAAAGAACGAUCUAUCAGUUCCGAACCUCUUACAGAACACAGUGACGAAUGUAUCAAUAAUGAAAAUUCAACAUUAUCCAGAAUAAAAGUUCAUGAGAUCAUAACAAUUAAAACUGAAGAUGUUUAA